AUGUCCGAUCCUCUCCCCGCCGAAGUGGAGGCUACCUACACCGCCGUCAUUGACGAGAUCCUGCGCGCCAGCGACCUCAACACAAUUUCUGCUAAGCGCAUACGAAAGGGGCUGCAAGAGCAAACCGGCCAUGACACCGCAAACCAGAAGGAUGCCAUCACAGCCCUCAUCAUGCAGCGCUUCGACAGGUUCCACUCGGAAAUGAACGGCGCCGCAACCGAGCCCUCAGGACCAAUCCCUACUGUGGAAAACGGCGCCGCCUCCGUCUCGGCCUCAGCAACGCCAGACAAGAAGCGCACACCCGCUUCCGACUCCGCGCCCUCGGAGCUCGAAGAUGCCGCGCCCCCAAAGAAGAAAGCAGAGAAGAGCAGAGCCUCCGAAGACGCCGAUGCUGCAUUCGCGCGCCAACUACAGGCCGAGGAGAACGCGCGCAGCGCCCGCUCGACAAGAGGAGCGAACAACAAGAGGAAGGCGCCACCGCCAAAGAAGAAGACGAAGAAGAAGAGCUCGAAUCGCGUCAAGGACGAAGACGACAGCGACAUCGUCUCUGGCAGCGAGAAGGAGAAGAAGACCCCGAGCCGGAAAGGAGGGUUCCAUAAACCAAUGGCCCUCUCCCCCGCCCUCUCCUCCCUCGUCAACGAAACGCAACUCUCACGCCCACAAACCGUCAAGAAGGUCUGGGAGUACAUCAAGGAACGUGAUCUGCAAGAUCCCGCCGACAAGCGGCAAAUCCGAUGCGACGAUGCCAUGCGCGCCGUCUUCAAACAGGACAGAGUACACAUGUUCACCAUGAACAAGAUCUUGAACCAGAACCUCUAUGCCGUCGACGAGAUUACUGCGGUGCCGGUACAGGUCCCAUCUGACUCGGAGUAG